AUGUCAUUAACUAUUCGAUUAUAUAAAAGGCGAAAAUUUAUCAUACUUUUUCUAAUUUUAAUUAUAUUAAUUGGUAGUUUUGUGAUAUUUCAAUCUAUUAAUAAUUAUUUGGAUAGUAUAAAACAGUCAAAUUUAUAUCUUCAACGACAAGCAUCAAAAUUCAAUUCUUCAUUUUUUCAACGAGCUAUUUUAAUUUUCUAUCCAUCUAAUCAAGAAUCACAUUAUUUACCAGAAAUUCGAUGGUUAUAUCGUUCAUGGAUUGAAAUGAUGAAAUAUGAAUCGAAAAAUUGGAGAACAGAUUUAAUUAUAUAUACUGGAGAAUAUUCUUCAUCAUUUCAACAACUUGGUUGUAUUCUUAAUCAAAGACGUCUAAAUAAUACUGAACCACCACAAUGUCGAGUAUUUCUUUAUCUUCGUUUAUCAAAACGUGAAAUCAGUUCUUUAACUCAACAGCAAACAAUAUUAACGAAUCAAGGUAAAAAAGAAUUAUUUGACAUUGACAGUCAACGUUCAAUAUUAUUGUAUAAACAAAUAAAAUCAUAUGAAUAUAUUGAUUCUGUGAAUAUUAUAGCAGAAUCUUAUCCAACAUAUAAAUAUUAUGAUUUUAUACUUAAAACUGAUGUUGAUGUUUUUAUAACGACACAGUUUGCUAAAUAUGUACCUCUUACAAAUAUAACAUUAUUGGUUGGUCGUGGUGGUUAUUCAACAAAAUUUAAUACACGUCGUUUAGGACGUAUUGCUCGAGAUAUGAAUUGGAAAUAUCAAAAUAUGACUAAUGUUGGAUCAACAUGGUAUGGAACACCCUAUGUUGCACAACGUAUGGCAACUUUAACAUUAGAUGCAAUGCUUUAUUUAUCUGAAAAUGAAUUUACUCGUGUUGAACGAGAACGAAAGUUAGGAGUAUUAUUAUGGCCUGAGUGGCAUUAUGGUGUACUAAGUAUGUAUGGUACACAUUUAGCAGUUAAUCAUUUAUUAAUUUCCGAAAAACUUGAUAUAAAAAAAGCAGAUGAGUUAUUAGAUCAAUCAACAACAGAUACAAAUCAAGAUAAUUUAGAAAAAAAUCAUCGUUUACAUUUACAUUGUUGGCAUACAGAUAAACAAUUUUCAAAAUUUGCAUUUAAAGCCGGAAAAUAUAAUCAUAUACAUCCACGUACACUUAUUAAUGAUACAUCAGCUCAAGCUUAUGCUAUGAGAAUGGCAUUGGAAUCUCGAUUAAUGACACUUGAUGAACUCGGGCAACAUUUACAUCUUAUUGGUAGUAAUAAAACAAAAUAA